UGUCUAGGUAGGUUUGUUUGAGUUAUUUAUAUUGUUGACUGGAUGGUUAGACCACCAUGAAGAUAGAGAUAUUCAAAUAGGUGAGUUCAAUAGACCCGAGAGUGAGAAGUUCCUGUUCAUGUUAAGCACUCGAGCGGGAGGGCUGGGUAUUAACCUUGCCACUGCCGAUGUUGUUAUUCUGUAUGACUCGGACUGGAAUCCUCAAGUCGAUUUGCAGGCUAUGGAUCGGGCACACAGAAUAGGUCAAGAGAAAACUGUUCGGGUUUUUCGUAUGAUAACGGAGAACACAGUAGAAGAGAGAAUAGUUGAACGUGCUGAAAUCAAGCUUCGUCUGGAUACUGUUGUUAUUCAACAAGGACGUUUAGUAGACAGCCAAGGAAACAAACUAGGAAAAGAUGAAAUGUUAGGAAUGAUUCGGCAUGGUGCAAACCAUAUAUUUGCAUCGAAGGAUAGUGAAAUAACUGAUGAAGAUGUGGAUGCUAUCCUUGAGAAGGGGGAACAAAAGACGGAAGCUUUACAGAAAAAGUUAGAAUCGCUUGGAGAGAGCUCUCUGAGAAACUUCACUCUUGACACACCAGGUGAAAGUGUUUACAAGUUUGAAGGAGAAGAUUACAGAGAGAAACAAAAGGCUAGUGGAAUGCACUGGAUUGAGCCUCCUAAACGAGAAAGAAAGGCCAACUAUGCUGUUGAUGCUUAUUUUAGAGAAGCCUUACGAGUCAGCGAACCAAAAGCUCCUAAGGCUCCACGUCCUCCAAAACAACCCAACAUUCAAGACUUUCAGUUCUUUCCUCCUAGAUUAUUUGAACUUCUGGAUAAGGAGAUCUAUUAUUUCAGGAAAACUAUUGGGUAUAAGGUUCCACAAAAUCCAGAGCUUGGUGCAGAUGCUGAUCGAGUCCAACAAGAGGAACAACAAAAGAUUGAUGAAGCGGAACCCCUAACAGAAGAAGAAAUUGCUGAAAAAGAAAAACUUUUAACAGAGGGUUUUACGAACUGGAGUAGAAGGGAUUUCAAUCAGUUUGUGAAAGCCAAUGAGAAGUAUGGAAGAGAUGACAUUGAAAAUGUAUCCCGGGAGGUAGAAGGAAAAUCACCAGAAGAGGUGAUGGAGUAUUCUGCAGUGUUCUGGGAAAGGUGCCAUGAGCUACAAGACAUUGAGAGGAUCAUGGCCCAGAUUGAACGGGGGGAAGCCCGCAUACAGCGAAGGGCCAGUAUCAAGAAAGCUCUGGAUGCCAAGAUGGUUCGUUAUAGGGCACCAUUCCACCAGCUUAGAAUAGCAUAUGGUACUAACAAAGGGAAGAACUACACAGAGGAAGAGGACAGGUUCUUGGUGUGCAUGCUUCAUAAGUUGGGCUUUGAUAAAGAAAAUGUUUAUGAUGAACUGCGAGCUGCUAUUCGUCAGGCUCCUCAGUUUCGAUUUGAUUGGUUCAUCAAGUCUAGAACAGCUGGAGAGUUGCAACGGCGGUGCAACACACUCAUCACACUGAUUGAGAGAGAGAAUCAGGAGAUGGAAGAAAAAGAAAAAGUUGAAAGAAAAAGCGUGGACCUAAACCAGGAAUACCAAAGCAGACAAACCAGAAACGUAAGGCUGAUGGAACUCCUGAUGGACGAGGACGUAAGAAGAAGAAACAGUAAAAACAAGCAUAUAAUGCUGGUGAAUUUAUUUAUAAUAAAACCACCUAGAGAAGUGUAGUAGUUGGACAUGUGUACAGUUGAAGGACAUUCCUUUUCACACACCACAGUUGUGCUCUUUAUCAUGAGAAACAAGGUUACCUCUGUAUGUUAUAUAUAAACUAUCACUGUAGGUCUCUUAAUAAAUAUUUUAUAAUUAAAA